AGCUGGAUUAACUGGCAAUCGCCUCCAGUGCUGUGUUGUUGUUGUUGUCGUCGACAAUCCCGCCAGCCCACCCCGUGCAUGAUAUUAUCCCAAGGGCCUUUCUCGAGCCUCCGAAGCUGGAACAAUUCUGCGCAGAGAGAGCACUAACGUUCGGUCCGGUCUUUCUAAUGGAUUCGUUAUAAUAUACCACAGAGCUGUUUCUUUGACAUCACGCCCAGCAGCCCCAGGAGCACUUUCUCCCAGGCAUGUCUCCUUACUAAAGGCUGUCGAAACCUCUUAAACUGGAUUUCUUCUUUCCGCCGUUGCCCAUCUCUCGAAACCACGAGUCGACCCGAAAUCAUCCCUUGAAACUAGUGCUGCUUUUGUACAGCCUGCCUUUUAAUUAUAAUCCUUACCAUUACUUUCAUUCACGGGCCGGUCUUUGUCGAGGGAUUGCUGUCAGAGGUGCAGAAUCUUUUGCAAGACGGGAACAAGCCCUUGGCUCCCUUCCAGAGACUGGGUUUUGACUUUGACCUCUCGCUUCCGCUAAGCAUAGAGCUGGCGGGAGCACGGAGCGACCACAUGGCUAUUCGACAAUAGUGUCACAUUACCCACCACUGACCGAUUCGACCUUGAUCGUCACCAUGGCGCCUUCGGCCUCCGCAGUUACAGCUCAGCUAAGGCAGCUCGUACAUUACCACCUCGACAACCACUCAUAUGAGAAUGCGCUCUUCUUCUCAGAGAGACUAGACGCACACGAUCGUCGCUCGAACGAAUCCGCGUAUCUGCUUGCGCUCUGCCACUUUCGAUUGGGGGACUACAGAACGGCGUACGAAAUCAGCAAAUCUAAUGGGUAUCGCGGUAUCCAUCUCAACUGCGCAUAUAUAUUUGCCCAAACAUGUCUGCUGCUCGAAAGAUACAAAGAUGGUAUCAACGCCCUCGAGAAGUCUAGAGGUCUUUGGUCUCACAAGUCAAACUUUGGCAAACACUCAGCAAUCGCAAGAGCCCCAAACCCAGACUCUGCCAGUGUCUCGUGUUUGCUCGGGAAACUGUACAGGGCAUACGAUGACAAAAAGAAAGCAAUCAUAAACUUCGAGGAGGCCCUGAAAACGAACCCAUUCAUGUGGGAUGCAUUCACAGCCCUGUGCGAUAUGGGCGUGAACGUACGGACACAAAACAUCUUUAAGCUUAAUGACGUUUUAAUAGACGGGCUUAGUUUUGACCAACCUCUGGGGGUUCUGGUGGAACAGAAGGAUAACGGCAUAAUAAACCCCAUUGAUAAGAAGUCUUCUACACGGUCUGCAAUAUUUGAUUCCAUGGACCCGUUUGAGUCACAGCGCGCAGGUGCUCCAAAUGAAAUUCUUCUUGGCAACAACUUUCUCAACGCAGGUGCUAGAGAGAACGAUUUUAUGUCCAGAAUCCGCUCCAAGAUGCCCACGUUGCCUGACCCAGUCCAUGACCCGCAAGAGUCGCCAUCAGUGGCAAACAUAGAUCCAAAUUUUUCUAGAAUAGGCCUAGCCGUGGAGCCUCCUCAAGCGCCUCGAAGAACGAGAAAUACGCAACUUACGGAUCCCGGACUAGUGGAAGCGGCCCCUAAGCCGGGAUAUCGGUUGGCCAGCAAAAGAGGCCAGAAAGCUCAAGACGAAAUACCUUCUGAUCCAAACCCAGCUGUUCUUAGGGCGGCGGCUGUAUCAGGAAUAGAACGAAAGAGAACGGUUUCUGGUCAUCCUGUACAACUUAGGCAGCAAUCUGAGGAGCCCGGUGCACCGCAACGGAGAAGUGCGAGACUCUUUAGAGGCGCCAACGCAAAGGCGAAUGUAGGAGCGGCUACUGUAGGCGCUACAGCAACAAGAGAGUUGAAGAAGGCCAGGCCUCAAAUCUCCCGUAUAUUGAGGCCCAACUCUAGCGGUGCUGCUGUUGGGAGGGCUGUUAGUGGAAACAGGAAACCCCUUGAAGAGAAUGGUAUGGAUGUAGAUCAAGCUGAGCCGCAACCCAGGAUCAAGGAGGUAUCUCAGCCGCCAGUUGUCAAGUCUGUAGAACCUGACAUAGUCAAGAUUGAGGAGACGCUGAGGUACUUGAUUGAACUACUGAAAAAGUUCGGAUCUGGGUACCUAGCGCUUUCUCAGUACCGAUCUGUGGAUGCUUUGACUGCAUAUACAUCACUACCACGUACACAUCAAGAGACCCCUUGGGUGCUGUCUCAAAUUGGUCGAGCAUACUACGAGCAAGCAUCUUAUGCUGAAGCGGAGACGUACUAUCGGCAAUUACGGAUAAUAGCGCCUACUCGCCUCGAUGACAUGGAAGUCUACUCUACGAUCCUUUGGCAUCUCAAAAGAGAAACGGAUCUCUCAUUCCUUGCCCAUGAGUUGGUGGAUUCAUCUUGGCACUCACCACAAGCGUGGUGUGCUUUGGGCAAUGCGUGGUCCCUUGCCCGGGAUCAUGAACAGGCCCUAAGGUGUUUCAAACGUGCCACUCAACUGAAUCCCAAGUUCGCCUAUGCGUUCACGUUGCAAGGGCACGAGCACGUGUCCAACGAAGAAUAUGAGAAAGCCCUCACAGCGUAUCGGAUGGCAAUAUCAGCAGACCGCCGCCAUUAUAACGCCUACUAUGGCAUCGGUCGAGUCUAUGAAAAGCUCGGCAGCUUUGACAAGGCCUACACACACUUUCAUUCUGCAUCUAUCAUCAACCCCACCAACGCCGUCUUAAUCUGUUGUAUUGGUAAUGUUCUAGAGAAGCAACACCAGAUUGUGCCUGCACUGCAGUAUUUCAGCAAAGCGACGGAACUCGCACCUUAUGCCGCCCAGACCAGGUACAAGAAAGCUCGAGCGUUGCUUGCCUUGAAUCGACUCGAUGCAGCGCAAAAAGAGCUUGAGAUACUGAAGACACUUGCGCCAGACGAGGCCACGGUUCACUUCUUACUUGGCAAGUUAUAUAAAACCUUGAAUGACAAGGGCUCUGCUGUCAGGCACUUCACGAUAGCGCUGAAUCUCGAUCCAAAGGCAAGCCAACAGAUCAAAGAGGCUAUUGAAAGCCUGGAAGAUGACGAUAGUUUUGACGAUUCUAUGAUGGGAUGACACAAGUGGUAAUAGUCGGGCGUCGGGCAUGCGCUUACCUAUUUGAAGUACAUGAAAGAUUUCGUUAUGAAUCAACGGGAUACGGAAAUGGUCUGUUUGCCCAUUGGUUCGGGAAAUGCGUGGCACAAUGCUAGGACUGGAGCUGUCCAGGGAGCAGGGCGAGGUGCUAGCCUCUGGCGUCUAGGUUAGCGUCUAGGUAGGCAGGCGUGGCGUCUGGUGAAGUUUAGUUAAGGACUUGCAUGGCAACGGGCGUUCAAGGGCAUGAUAGACCAUCCAAGGAAGGUCAGCAAUCAUUGGGGACUGGUCUUUUUGUGUAUACAAUCGGGGUUGCAUUACGGAAAGGUGUACACUACUGGCAGCCUCUUCACACUUAUGUAAACGGGGCAUCAUCAAGCAAUUGCGGACCUCGCAAGUCAAAGUGAUACAACUGUUGUAGGUGUUCAUUCUCCUUGGGGCAUUUCAUUUACCUGAAAGACAACCAGGAGUCACUAGCCACACUGCUAUACGAAAGUAAGGACGUUAUCAUGCUUUAAAACAUUCACAUGGA